UUUUGAUCUUGUUUUUUUUACUAUGUCUCUUGUUUGCACUAUCCACUAUGCUGCUGUAAUCCUGUAAAUGUCCCUAGUAAAGGAUUAUCUUACUUAACUUAUCUUUAUCUAUCUCUUUUCCUCUUUGAAUAUGUGUGCAGAUGUUGGCCACAGUGGUCGUGCUGUGGGUGGGCAAGGCUUCGAGGGUGAUCACCUUCCCAGACUGCGAUGAGACCAUACCUCGCAAGACGUUCCCUCUGCCUCUCCUCUAUGUGGGAAAUCAAAUCACGGGUCUGUUUGGAACCAAAAGGCUGAACCUGCCGAUGUUUACCGUCCUCCGGAGGUUCUCCAUCUUGUUCACGAUGCUGGCUGAGGGAAUUCUGCUCAAGAAGACAUUCUCCAGGCCCGUCCAGCUGACAGUAUUUACAAUGAUCCUCGGGGCGUUCAUAGCCGCAAGUGCGGACUUGUCGUUCGACCUGCAAGGUUACGUGUUCAUCCUCCUGAACGACGUGCUGACUGCAGCCAACGGAGCCUACGUGAAACAAAAAUUAGACGCCAAGGAGUUGGGGAAAUAUGGAUUGCUGUAUUAUAAUGCAUUAUUUAUGAUCGUUCCCACUGUGCUGUUGGCUCACGUGACGGGAGAUAUGCAGAAGGCGGUGGAAUAUGACGGAUGGUCAGAUAAGUUUUUCCUCACCCUGUUCAUCCUCUCUUGCAUCAUGGGGUUUGUUCUGAUGUAUUCCACUGUGCUCUGUACACAAUACAACUCUGCAUUAACGACUACGAUCGUAGGCUGCAUCAAGAAUGUUUUGGUGACGUACAUUGGGAUGGUGUUCAGUGGAGACUACAUCUUCUCUUGGACUAACUUCAUCGGUUUGAAUAUCAGCAUUGCCGGCAGCCUGGUUUACUCCUACAUCACCCUCACAGAGGAGCAGUCCAUCAAAGCCAGUGAGAACACCAAGCUGGACAUCAAGGGCAAGGUGGUCGUAUGAGAGACACUGGAUUCUAUUUUUACGCUGUUGAACGACAAAACUCUAUUUUUAGUACGACUUGUAUUUAUACAGUAUUUUAGCAACAAAAGGCGUGUGAUGGGGGGAGCAUCACCAUCACUCUCCUCCAGAGGGAUUGUGGGUAGGUUUUUAGAUUUUCUUUUUAAAAUAUAUAUUUGUAUUUUGAUACUGUACGUGUGAGCAUCGAGAAGAAGGGAAACAUGGAUCCAAUAGUAUUUAUGUUACAAGAGUUACUGACAUCACUGAACGUUUACAAGUAAACGUUGGGAUGAUGUCAUGUUUCCUGCAGACAGGAGUAAACAGCUGGAAAUAUCGGUUAUUUAAAGGGGUAGUUCGGACUGUUGGAAGUGAUUUUGGUGUUUUAAUUUGGAUUCACUAAAGUCACACUAUAUCACAAACACAGUAACAGAUGGAGGCAGCAGCUCCUGUGUCCUGAGAGGUAGAAUCAGUGUUUGAGUGAAUGGAGUCUGGUGUGUUUGUAGAGAUCAUAGAUAACAGCUUGAGUUCCCCUCAGAAAGGUCUGUCUGACAGCAAGGUAAAGAGCUGAAGACAUUCUGAAUAUAGCUUCACUUCAACUGAGAGACAUUCUGUUAGGAGUCUAACAUACGUCCACAGCAGAACAUCACUUUGCUCCCGUGCUGGUUCUCCUGUCUGUUUCUAUCAACUCAUCUACUGUAGU